GACCCGAGGGCGUUCACGAUGUUCUCCACGCGCUGCAGAAAGAAAGGGGAGUGGUCCAAGUGCGUGGAGAUAUUCGACGCCAUGCGCGAGCAGGGCGUGGAGGUGAACACGAUCGUGGUGAACGCGACGGCGAGCGCGUGCGUGAAAUGGGGCAAGUGGGAACGAGCGCUGGAACUCUUCGACUCCAUGCCAGCCGACGGCCACGAGAGAACGACGAUCACGUAUAACGUCGCCAUGGGCGCGUGCAUGCGAGGCGGGCUCUGGUCGCGAGCGCUUGAGCUCUUCGACGAGAUGCCGCGCGUCGGCGUGCCGCGCGACCACGUCAGCGUGAACACCGCGAUGGCG